AUGAGGAGCAUUACCACAACCGUUCUUCAUGUCCUCUGGGCUCUCGCUUUUCUGAGCUGCGGAGCUUCAGCCGCAUUAGAAGGGAGAGAUGACCUAACUCUCGCCAUUCUGAAGCCCGACAUCAUGGGGAGUAACUUCUGGACAGGCUUGUCCAAUGACAUCCGAGCAGCCGGAUUCCAGGUCGUGCAUGAGAAGCACUUCUUCUUUGACGAGCCUUUAGCAGAGAAAUUCUACGCAGAGCACAAGGGAAAGAAGUUCUAUCAGGGUCUGAUCAACUUCAUGUUAAGUGCGCCAGUGACAGCAUUGGUUCUCCAGCAUGAGAAUGCACCGUCAGCCUUUCGAGAGCUCAUUGGCCCCACCGAUCCCAAGACAGCCCGUGCUGCUCACCCUAACAGCUUACGUGCCAAGUAUGGCACGGAUGUUCUACAAAAUGCAGUGCACGGCUCUGCAUCCAUUGCUGAUGCUCUCCAUGAAAUAAACCUUCUGUUCCCAGACUGGAAACCACCUCCAA